UCAAGAGUGGAAAAGCAUGGCAAGACACUUCAAAAGCAGUCACCGGCAGUCGCUUGUUUGGAUUUGUUGUGUCUGUGUGUCUAAUUUUACAUACAUGUGAUGUUACACUUUUCUUGUUUCUAGAGGCCUGGAUUAACCCUUCCAAAAUGGAUAAUAGAGCACUUUUUAGUGCAGUACUUUUGUUAAUUGGUAUAAUCGGUACAUCAAAAGCACAGAGAAGAGGCGACACAGUUCCAGAUCCACCGCGUAUCACACAUAUUUCUGAGAGGAAGUCUACUUGGCUUGUUAUUAAUUGGGAAGCACCUGUCAUAGGGAAGAGCAAUAUAAAGAGUUACCAGAUACAGUGGACCAGUGGUGAUGCUGCUUAUACUAGGGUGAUUUCAGGAUAUCUCACACCACAAAUGGCUGCUAAUAUUACUGGAUUAGAGCCAUAUACAGAAUAUCAAUUUAAAGUAAGCGCAAUGUCUGAUGGCGGUUACAGUGACUACAGUGAUAGUUUCCCCGCAGUCACAGAUGUUGAUAAACCAAGUGCUCCAACAGUUUUGAAUUUGUCGGUUGUAUCACCGACAGAGGUUUUUGUGCAGUGGUUGCCGCCAAAGACAUUCUACAAGAGGGUAGACUCAUACUUCAUACAGUAUACUGCAAUGAGCAAGGAACCAUGGAGUGGGGACAUCAUGGUUCCAGGCUCAGACAAUGAGAAAAUGAUAACUGGGUUACCAACGAACAUGGCAUACAAACUGCAAAUUGCAGCAGUGACACAAAGUAUAUUUUUUUCCUCUAACUACACAGGACCAUUUUCUGAUGAGAUUCGGUUCAGAUUGGAAGCUAAAUGCCCGACUGGUGAGUUUACUUGUGGGGAUGGAACGUGUAUAGAUUCAUUUUCCCGGUGUGACGGUGUCCCCGAUUGCGACGACGAAUCUGAUGAAAAAUUUUGUGCUGGUGGGACAGUUUGUUUUGAGGGACAAGAAUUAUGUCCGGAUAAAUCUCAGUGCAUAAGUCCAAAUCAGAGAUGUGACGGCAAACAAGACUGUGACGACGGUUCAGAUGAGGAUCCUAAUAUUUGCAGUACUGAUCGAGCUGACCAUGUUGACAUUUUACAGUUGGUGGGGAAACCACUUCCAGGUUCCGGGAUAGAAUAUUCAACAGGAGUUGAUGGCUACCCAGCAUUUAGAAUCACAUCAACUGCCCAGAUAGAGGGGGCCUCAUCAGCUAAAUAUUUUAAUGUAAACACACUCUAUAAAGACUUUGCUAUAACAACAACACUAAAACUAAGAACUCGUUCAGCGACACUUUUUGCCGUGGUUGAUCCAUAUGGAUUGAAUCAGUUUGGUGUACAGUUAGCGUAUACAGUCCGCAAUUCAAAAGCACAAACAGCAGUUACUGUUUAUUACACACCAGAUUCAAGAUCGAAAAGACGGCCAGAUAUGUUAGCUGUUUUCUACUUACCAGAUAUUACUAACCAGUGGACAAUUCUAGGAAUUAAAGUGAAAGAUUCUACUGUUGAAUUAUAUAAAGAUUGUGAACUUGUCGAUUCAAAAACAACGGCUUCGAGAAAUCAGCUUGUAUUUCAGAGAGGCUCGACACUAUACGUGGCUGGAGAUUCAAAAACAGACUCCAAGUUUGUGGGUGAUUUAAUGGAAAUAAAGGUGCAUGAUGAUCCAGAAAAGGCAGACAGUGGUGAAUGUUAUGCCUUAAAUCCUGGCUCUGGUUCUGGUGACGACGAUGAAGACGGCACAAUCAUGAUUGAGGACUUAGAGCCUGUUGAUAAGCCAGUGUCUUCUCCAGCUAUGAAAGGGGAUAAAGGAGAUCCUGGACAAAAAGGGGAACCAGGACCACGUGGUCAGAUGGGACCCCCAGGACUGCCACCUCCAAUUGGACCUCCCCCAGAUCUCAGCACUUUAAUUGGUGAAAAGGGAGAUAAAGGCGAGAGAGGAGAUAUGGGUCUUCCAGGUGUGAUUGGCAGAGAUGGAUUACCAGGUGCUAGAGGAGAGCGUGGAGAGCGAGGAGAUCCAGGAAUACCGGGGCCACAAGGACCACCUGGAGAGAAAGGAGAUGCUGGAGAGAAGGGUCCACCAGGACUUACUAUUAUUGGUCCCCCUGGACCUCCUGGUCAACCAGGUCUCACACCAGAGUUGCCACCUAUACCUGAGGUACAAAAGGGACAGAAAGGGGACAUGGGAACCGCCGGAUUACCUGGCACAGAUGGUAAAAAUGGACUGCCUGGACCUCCAGGCCCAGCUGGACCACGGGGAGAGACACUGCGUGGAGACCCAGGGUUGCCUGGACCAGCUGGUGAGCCGGGAAUCCCAGGACGCAAUGGUAUAUCUGGUCCAGCUGGCCCGCCCGGUCCUCCAGGACCCCCAGGCCCAGCCGGCCCAGCACGACCAAGUGGACCUGUCAUUGUUGAUGAUGACUUAUUUGAAGGAUCUGGGGAGAUUUCUACAGGUACUGGAGAAAAGGGUGAGAAAGGUGAUACAGGACCAAGGGGUCCACCUGGAGAGCCCGGACAGCCAGGUUCCGCAGGGCCAAGAGGUAUGCCAGGGGAGCCAGGUGUUAGAGGACCUCAAGGAGACAUUGGCCCAGUUGGUCCCCAGGGACUACAAGGUAAACCAGGAGUGUUUGAAGGUAAUGUUGAAGAUCUGAGAGGCGACCCAGGAUUACCUGGAAUAGCUGGACCACCAGGACCUGCAGGAAUGCCAGGACCAGCUGGUGAAACUGGACAGACUGGUAUGCCGGGCUUGAAAGGUGGACGGGGAGAACCUGGUGUUGCAGGAGAGCCAGGCAUUCCGGGUCCUCAGGGACCAUCUGGGCCUGAGGGAACACCGGGACGUGAUGGUGCACCGGGAUCUAAUGGUCGGGAUGGAAGGCCAGGACCUCCAGGUCCACCUGGACCCCCAGGUGCAGUUGUUGAGUCUACAGGCACUGGAACAGUUGAAGCAGGGCCACAGGGACCUGUGGGACCACAAGGCCCAAGAGGUCUACCUGGGAUACAGGGGCAGGCUGGACUCCCAGGGGCACGAGGUGAACCAGGUCUACGAGGAGAGAAAGGUGAAAUGGGACCAAGAGGAGAGAGAGGCUUUACAGGGGAGCAGGGAAGUGAUGGAGUUCCUGGUGCACCAGGUUUAUCUGGCGAACGAGGACCCCCAGGAUUGGCUGGACUUCAGGGCUCACCUGGUGAACCUGGCCUUGCUGGAAAUCAUGGAAUGAAGGGAGAUAAAGGAGAUCAGGGUGAACAUGGUCUUCCUGGCUCUUCAAUAAUUGGUCCCGAGGGUCCAUCAGGCAGGCCCGGGCCACCUGGACCACCUGGGCCUCCUGGUCCCCGUGGUUCUGGUACUUCGGUGGUUGACAUCGGCUUUGACAAUGAAGGUUCUGGAGAAUUAGCAGUUGCUGGACUGCCAGGUGAAAAGGGAGAACAAGGCGAAAAGGGAGAUAUGGGCGAGAAGGGUGACAAAGGCGAUAAAGGAGACACAGGACCAAUGGGCCCCCGAGGACCUAUGGGUAUACCAGGAGAACCAGGUGCCCCUGGACCAGAGGGUAUUAUGGGACCCCAAGGUGAACCAGGAUCAACAGGAAUUAUGGGUCCUAAGGGUGAUAUGGGAGAGAGAGGAUUACCUGGCCUUACUGGACCAGCGGGACCUCCCGGACCAGCAAAUAUUUUAUCUGGAGAUGCUAAUGUGGUCGAAGGACCAAAGGGUGAGAAAGGGGAUAUAGGACCUGCUGGACCUAUUGGCCCAAGAGGACCACCAGGAAAACAGGGUGAAAUUGGCUAUCCUGGGUUUGCCGGUCCAAGAGGAUUCCGAGGAUUUCCAGGUCGUAAAGGUGAGAGAGGAUAUGGUACCCCAGGAAGAAAAGGAGAACCAGGACCUGCUGGUCCCCCAGGACCAACUGGAACAGGAUCUGGAAGUGGCAGUAAAGGGGAACCGGGAGAACCCGGUAAAGAUGGCAGACCAGGCAGAAAUGGCGAAGAUGGUGAAAAGGGCGAACAAGGGCCAAGAGGACCUCCAGGCCUUCCAGGAACACCAGGCAUACUUAGUGAUGAAGGAACUGGUGGAAUACAAGGACCUAUUGGACCAGUGGGACCACCUGGCCCUCGAGGUCCACCAGGUUAUCCUGGUAGGGAUGGUCUACCUGGCCGUGAUGGAGUAGGGGAACGAGGCCCAAUGGGUCCCCCUGGCCCUGCAGGAGAAGGCAGUGGAAAGAUGGGUCCGCCAGGACCUCCCGGACCCCCAGGACGACCGGGUUCUGGCAGUGGUAGUGGAAGUACAUCAGGGGCACCAGUUCAGUUUGAAAAUGAAUCCGAACUACAACGUGGAGCUCGCAGAACCCCAAUUGGAACACUGGGCUUUGUACUUAAUACAGAGGCGUUAUACAUCCGUGUAUCUCAAGGUUGGAGGAGUAUUACGCUUGGCACAGACCUUAUAGAACUUCUUCCUGAAACUCCGAAGAAUUAUGAACUCCCUUUUGAGCGGGAAUUAUCUACUACAAAUGAGCCGCCUUCAACUACUCCAGCUGCUAUUCAGAUUCCAGAUAACAACCGAAUUUCUGACAGGCCAAGGUUACAUAUGAUUGCUCUGAACGAGCCACACAAUGGCAGACUACGUGGAAUCCGUGGAGCUGACUACUUGUGCCAUCGUGAAGCACGUGAAAAUGGAAUGAACGGUACUUUCCGAGCCUUCCUGUCAUCGUCAGAUCAAAACUUAGACUCUUUGGUCUACUACCCUAUCGACAGAAGUGUUCCGAUUGUCAAUUCAAAGGAUGAAAUCCUGUUUAACUCCUGGAAUGACUUAACUAACGGUGCUGGUGGACCUUUCAAUCAUGGAGCAGCCAUCUAUUCCUUCAAUGGGAAUAACAUCAAAGAUGAUCCUAAAUGGCCAAUGAAAGUGUUAUGGCAUGGUUCUGACCGUAAAGGAAACAGAAUGGAGGAAAAAUCUUGCCGAGGGUGGAGCUCACACUCGCGCUACGCAACUGGUCUUGGAAGUCCUCUGAUGAAGGGUAAAGUUAUGGAGAUGGAUGAAUAUAGCUGCAAUAAUGCAUUUGUUGUGUUAUGUGUUGAAAUCACAAGUCAGAUCCGACUAAGAAAGUGAAAUUAAUGUAGAAAAAAAAAUGUAAUUUUGAAGAAAAAUAAAAACAGACAAGUUAAGUUGACACAGUUAACUUUAGAUAAACAAAAAAGAUCUGUGAUAUCAUUAUUUUGUUGUUAGUGUUACAAAAGUGACUGUUUAUUGGUUGCUUGAAGUCAUGUGAUCUGCUGGAGAAAAGAUCUGAUUGGACUAUUUCAAAUUACAGUUGACCAAUGAAAAUCCAUGGAAAAUAGUGAAAAUUGUUGCCAUAUUACUUAUUGUAGGUUUUUUAUUUAGUGUAUAGCUGCUUGAAUCAUGAAGUUUUCUACAAAAUGAACUUACAUACAUGUAUUCCUUUUUCAUCUCUGGGGUGGAAAUCUCAUUUUUAGGUAAUUACUGUAAUCAUAUUUGACACAAAAUAAUGUUGAGCAAUGUUUAUGACCUUGUUGAGUCUGUAAUUAAUCAAAUUUUGAUUAAGUAAACUAUUGCAUGAAUUUAUCCUAUGCCUCCUUGAAAAGUUACAUGUAUGAGUUCAUUGUGUCAUUAUAGAAGUUGAUGAGACUUGUUUCAAACACUCAUAAACUGAUAGCAUUUUGCCAAGAAAAAAUUCAUUGUAAGGUGCACUCAAGUCUUUGUCUUGCCGAUAAAUGCUCCUCCCUCUGUAAAGCAGACCUUCCUUGCUUUACUGUUGUAUCCUAGCUUUUCAUUGGCUGCUUUAAUUGUAUUCAAUUUCUGAUUCGCCACUUUUAGAUAGGCUAACCAAUGAAAAUCAGAAGGUGUGUCCUGCAACUGUAGGUCAGAGGCUGUAACUGAUAAUUGGCUGCCUUAUAUAUGCCAUAUCUGAUUGGAUCAUGUUUUAAAUUCUGUCUUCCAAUGAGUUGCAACAUUUUGCUGGAAAUGUUUGUACUAAAUUUCUAUUGGAGUAAAUAAAACAGUGCCUCUCAGUUAUGAAAAUAAAAACGGAAAACAGCUAAGUUACUUGAAAAGUAGAGUCACAUGUAUGUAAAGAAGUCUCAGACUUGAGAGGUGUUGUCAUAGUCACAUUUCACAAAAUGUGGAGAAAAAACUCCAGAUAUAGUCUUUGUUUUAUUCAGAGAAUUCUGGCUCCCUUUCGUUCUGUAAUUUUCGCUUUAUUCAAACAAUAUAUUCUUGCUGCAUUUUGAUAUCCAAUUAGCUUGAAUAUAUACUAUUAAAAUUCUUGGGUGCACCAGCCCUAUAUCCCAGUAUGUGCCUUUUUUUGCAAGUUGUAAAUUUGCUUUUUUUGGAGUGUAUGGAUUAGUUCCUGUUUACAAUUGUAGGUGUGUUGUUCUCGUAAGUUUCAUGGAAAGUGUCAUUUAGUUCUUUUUAUAGAUUAGUGAAUUAGAAAAUAUUAGAGAAUGAAAUGUAACCUACAUAGUAGGUCUGAAGAGGAUUGACAGCGAAAAUUAGUGAAGACGUCUGAUGUAGAAACUGCAUCUCUAAAUGAGCCGCGCCAUGAGAAAACCAACAUAGUGGUCGCAAAGCCACUAUAUUGAUUUUCUCAUGGCACGGCUCAAAUAGUGUUACGAGAUUAAAAAAAGAUGUUAGGUUCUACAUGAAAGAUACACAUGGACAUAAGAGCUGCAUUUAAGUGAGUUUCAAAUGCAGGUCAUCAAAGUUGAGUGGCAGACCCCUUUUCCUGUUGUUUUGUAGGCUACAGUCCCACUGCAAGUUGAUCAAUGUUAUUUUAGGUGUUUGAAUCUAUAGAAAAAUACAUACAACAUUAAUGAACAAAGACUUGACCAGAAUUUUACUGAAUGUAUUCUGCAGGGUUUUGAAGUUUAGACUAAUUACAGAAAAUGUUCUUCUGUUUUUGUACAAGCAGGUACAAAAACUAGAUCAAACGUUUUGAUAAAUUAGUACUUUUAUGCUGAAGUCUGUCAGACCAUCUUCAUGCGACCUCAAAUCACAUCCUCAAAAGUAUUAUAUAGAUAUUAUGUGACUUUGAUCUUUUCAGCGAAAUUUACGAGACAUGGAUGUAUGUGUACAGAAGGUAGAGCUGCAUGCCAAAAUUUGUAAAUAGAAUUUUGUAUCAAAGUAUUACAACACCCCUGUAAGGGGAAAGUAUGGUGUUUUUGUAUUUUCAUUGUUAAUUUGAAUAAUUCUGACUUCUGUAGAUAGUGACUGUUGUAUACAUUUAAGUUACAUUCUGUAUGCUUUCUAUCUUUACCAGAGUAAUUUCCAUAUUUAUGUUUACCCUCUGUAUCAAGAUUUUAAAAAUUUUGUUUUUGGAUCCACUGGAAAAAGUAUUCAUCUGAAAAAAAUAUAUGAAACAUCUGUUACUAUAAUUAUAUAAAUAUGAUUCUAAAAAUAGAUGUCUGUUACUGUAUAUACAUGUUUGUUACUAUAUGUAAACAUGAAAUAUGUCUGAAUAAAAAUUUUGUGUAAACCGACAUAAUGAAUUUUAUUGGUUUCGUGUAAAUAAACUGCUUUGGAGCAUAAUUCAGCAUUAAGUGAACUCCUCUAUAAUAAAAUAGUUGAAAACGAAAUUAAGAAGAAAACUUAUCUAGGAAGAAUACUGUUGAACUUCAUGGAGAUAUAUGUAGCACUUGUUUCAUGGCAUGUAUAGGAUAUCAUAUGCUUAAAUAGCUUUUUAAAAAUGCACAGUCCCUUGCCAUUUUAAAAACAUUUAAUUGUCAAACGACUCGAAUAGCUUUUAAAGAUGAAUUCCAGCUUUAAAACGAAACAUUUUAUUGUCAUAAGUUUUAAAUACCAUUUAAAGAUAAAUUUGAGCAGCUAUACCAAUAUUUCUAUUGGUCAAAAUAGCAUUUAAAUCUUCAUUCAAGCAUUAUAGAAACCUAAAUAUCAACAUGUUAUGUUCUUCUAUAUUCCAUUUAGAAGCUUAUCUAUAUAUGUUUGUAAUAGUAUUAUGGAUUUCUGUGUUAAAUCACCUACAAUACUUCAUAGCCUUUUAGAGAUAUCAUGUAAUAAUGUUUCUUCACAAGUAAUACAUGUGUUUGCCUUCCUACAAGUUUUUACAAUUCUGAAAAAAAAAUUAAUUCAUGAAGAUAAACUUUGUUUUAUACAUUUGGCCCUAGAGAUGUCUCAAUGAUUGUAAGAGGGGGACUUAUAGAGUCUGAAUGAUUGGUCUUGCUGUAUCUCUGUGAUUCCAGCAGGUAUAAAAGUUUUGAUUUCAUACCUCAUAUUUUUAUUUUUAUAUAAAUGAGAUAUGAAACCAACAAUUUUUUGUCCAGUUUGGCACCAUAUAACCUGAAAAGUGUUAGUGUGCUGUAAAACCCAACCCAAAUCAAAUCAACUGCAGAUAUACUUGAGUGCUACAAUCUUUUAACUUCAUAUUGAAUAAAUGCUGGUGUUUGAGAUAAGUUUACUAGAAUGUAAACCCUGUAUUUUGGUAGCUACAUUUCACCUUAAAAGCAUACUGUUAUUAAAUACCUGAAUAGUGACAAGUUUUCAUUAUCUGUUUGAAAAUCUGUAAAAAAGUUGUCUUUCUGCAACACAAAUUUACAAAAGUUAAAACGAGAUAUGGGGAGAUAUGGAGAUGGUUUACUAAAAUAGAUGAACUGAUAAAUGGAUACAUACCCUUUAUUUAAAAUAUGGACAGGUCACUUCAAAGACUUGUGACAGCAUUGACAAAUAUACCCAUAUGAAAACUAGGAAAAGUUAAAUAAUUAUGGUGUAUAUUAAAGUGUUCCUGCUUUCUCCAUAAUCAGUUUAACAGAAUGACACAUUUUUUUCUUGGUAAAGUUACAGUAUUUAAAAUAGUUUUACUUAAUUUUAAAUUGAAAGUAAAAUUUGUACCAAUGUGGUAAAAAAUGGAUACUUUUAUUCUGAAUUAAUUGUAUUCUUAUAAGGUGUAAUGUAAGUGAGAAUGACUGUAUAAGAUGUGAGAUUGAACAAUUCAUGUGUGCCAAAGAAAAGAGCUUAAUCAGAACAAAAUUUUAUUACAUGUAUAAUUUUGGACAUGAAGUACUUUACUGGUAUAUAUUUAUUGCAAGGAUUUUAAAAUUCGUUAAUUGCAAUAUAAAGCAAUAACUAUCUGUGCAUUAACAUAGCAGGGGUAUGACCAGGUGUGGACAGGAACACAAAUAAGAAGAAAGAUUUAGUAGUAGAUUUGAUUGAAAUGAUAUGUACCAGUAAAGUGCAUUUGUCCUGUAAUUAGAGCUGUAGUUUUCUGUAAUAAAUAAUGUCAGUUGGUUGUUUAGUUACAAGUUUUUCUAAGUGCCCUAAUUAUCAUACUGUCAGAUUGACUAAAUAUAUUUUCUAGCCUGCAAGCCACAAAUUUCUACAAAUCCCUAAGACUUGGUCUUGGACACACUUCGAUUCAAAUAUUUAUUGUUUUAAACUCUAAUAAUAUACACCAACCAGUCUUUAGACCAUAUUUUCGAAUCUGAUUAGUUCUUACCAAAUGAAGUCUUCAUACACAACCUAUCAGAAUUUUUUUCCCAAUUAAGUGGGUUUGAAAUUUUAUCUGGCUGCACAAUGUAUUUAUUGGUUAAGGCUCCUAGACACUUCUGUUAUUUCAUUUUUUUUUUUUUUAAAAAAAGACGAGAUUUCAUUGUAUCAUCAUAUAAAUCACAAAUGAGCCAUGCCAUGAGAAAACCAACAUAGUGGCUGUGCGACCAGCAUGGAUCCAGACCAGCCUGCGCAUCUGCGCAGUCUGGUCAGGAUCCAUGCUGUUCGCUUUCAAAGCCUAUUGUAAUUAGAGAAACUGUUAGCGACCAGCAUGGAUCCUGACCAGACUGCACGGAUGCGCAGGCUGGUCUGGAUCCAUGCUGGUCGCACACCCAUUAUGUUGGUUUUCUCAUGGCGUGGCUCAAAUAUAUUACAGAGGCAUUAGAUCUGAGAAGUAGGCUUACAGUUUAUUAAGUGAGUCUUGUGAAAGUUUUGUACUAUUUUUAUCAUAAAUCCAUAUUUGAAUUAACCGGUGAUGAAGCAUAACGACUUCCAGCUAUAAACUUGUGAGAUUUUGAGAAUUAGUCUUUUUUUUAAACUGUUUAAAAGUUUGAUCAGAUAUGUAUGGAAGUUCAUAGCGUGCUGAUUGUAGUGGAAUUGUUAAAAAGUUUGGCGUACAUUCUAAAACUAAAAAGUUUCAGCUGACCUGUAUCUAACUUUUAGUGAAAAGCUACUGCAGAUAUAUUUUACGUUUAUUUACAUUUUUGCUAGUUUAAUUUGUGUGCUAUAAAGUAUAAAAUGCAUAACAUAUGUAUCAACAUUUUUGUUAUUUCUUCUUUUUUUUUCAUUACGAUUCGUUACAUUUCAUUUGCUUAUGCUUUAAAUCAAAAUUUGAUAUCCUGGUGUAAAAAGCGAAAAAUGAAUGCCAAAAUGGCUCAGACAAAAUAUAGUGAGAUGUAAGAGUCGGUGCUAAAAUUAUUCUGAAAAUUACAAGAAGAUUAUUACCAUCAGUAAUGGUUUUGUUAGUAAAAUUGAAAAUUUUCUGCAUAUCAGAUAUUUUCUGGUGCUAAAACUUUCUAGGUGAGGACGGUGUUUGGGUGUUAUUCACCAUCCCUUGUGAGGCAUGGGGUUUUCUAGCUCUGAACACUUAAAUCUUUUUUAUCAGUUUGACAUAGUCCAGACUUAUUGUUCAAGUCAAUUUAUGGUCUGAAUUUUGGAUAAAUGUUAGAAUGUAGUGGAAAUUCUUCACACUUCAAGACAUUCAAUCAUCAUUGUGUCCCUUAAAUGCAAGGGAGACAACCAUGUUAUGUUCAUUAACAAAAACAUAAGGGAUUUCAAUAAGAAAUGAUUGUUAAAAAUACAUACUUUAUUUCAGUUAUAUAUAUAUGAUAGAAUCAUUUUAAGAUAUAUAAUAAAAAUGACAAAUUUUAACUAAUGAUUACUUAGUCUUAGGAUUAGAUUAAGAACGAAUGAUAAAGCUUUUGUAAUGUACUGAAGAAAAAACACAAUAUUUUGCAUUUCAAUAUAUUUUUAUUUCCUCUCCCCUUUUGACAUGUUUAUGUUACAAGUAUUUUGUGUAGAUUUGUAUUCUGUGUAUUGUGAUGAUUUUUGGCCAGUAUAUACUUUCUCUUAAUUGAUAUACACUGUAAAACACUUUUUUUCCAUUCGUAAGAAUUUUACCUAUCACUAUCUCUUAACUUUUUAUCCAUGAUUUUUUUUACGAAUUUACUGUAUAAACAAGCUUUAUCUAUGCAUCCUCAUUAUGUGUUUCUGACAGGUGAUUUUGCAUGUUUGUAACAAAUAAGAUACAUUUUUAUGAAAAAAAAAUAAAAAUCAAACAAAAGAGAGCAGUAUUGAGGAAAGAAGUUUGAGUAAAUGUAAAAAUAUUUUACUGUAGUUUUUUAUGUACAUGUAGAAAAACAAUACUACAAAUAUAUUGCAUUAUGUUUUUCUUCUGGAAAAUGUAAUUUUAUGUAGAAUGUGUUGAUUUUGGUUGAGAAAGUUCAUUUUAAUGUAUUGAUUGGUAGUGAAAGUUUAGUAGGUUUUGUUUGAGCCAUUUUGGUGUUUUGAUGUUUGUCUUUGGUAAGCUAUGAAGGAGUACUCUUAUCAACUGUUGUCUUCUAAGAAAUUAAGUGCAGACAUGUUAACAUUUUCUUAAUGGUUUAUUCCCAGUUUUUUGUACUUUCGGUCUUUAAUCAAUGAAAUGAAAUCUUGAUUUUUAAAGUGGAAUUUUAUUGAUUUAUUUAUUUAAAGUUCUAUCAUCAUCUGUCAAUUUUGAUACAUUUUUCCAGAUCAAAAUCACAUUUUGGUUAUUUUUCAUGGGGUAAAAUAUUGUAUAAAAUCUGCUUUCUGUUUGAUAACGAACAUUUUUCACUGUGUUCAACAGCAUUUUUAUAUAGUAUACUCUCAGAUUUGACAAAUGUUAAUAGCAGCAUUGUUAUAUAUUGAAAUAAACAACUUUCAUCAGCUCUGUAGAAUGCAUUGUGCUAAGUACAUUUUCUUUCCAUUUGUAUUCUCUCUUAUUUUCAUUUAUUAACUUAUUUCACAGCCAUGCUAUAUCUCUGAAUAAAACUAUGUAAAUGUUAAAAA